UUUGUGAUUCUUUCUAGGCUUCUUCUUGUUAGUGGUCUGAAGUGGGUAGAUGAAGUCAAUGCCAAUGCUCCAUACGCGAUUACUAAGGAAUUCAUGGAUAAUCUAUUCAAUGAACAUAAGAUUGACUAUAUUGUACAUGGUGAUGAUCCUUGCCUACUUCCAAAUGGAACUAAUGCUUAUACUCUGGCAAAGAAAGCAGGCCGUUACAAGCAGAUUAAUUGCACUGAAGGCGUCUCAAAUACUGAUAUUGUAGGAAGGAUACUUUCUUCAAUGAGGGAUACAAAAGUUGGUGAUGGUUGCGAUAGUCCAUCUUUGCCUGGACUGUUUCAUGAUAUGAAUAUCACUCCAACCAAGGAAAGUUCACCAAAUGGAGCCCAAAUAUCUCACUUUCUCCCUACAUCUCGACGAUUUGUACAAUUUUCAAAUGGGAAGGGACCUGUACCUAAUGCUCGCGUGGUGUAUAUUGAUGGUGCAUUUGAUCUGUUUCAUGCAGGACAUGUAGAGAUCCUAAAAAAUGCAAGGCAGCUUGGAGAUUUUCUGCUUGUGGGUAUCCAUAGUGACCAAACUGUUAGUAAGCACAGAGGAACUCAAUAUCCAGUUAUGCUCCUGCAUGAGCGUAGUCUUAGUGUGCUGGCAUGCCGGUAUGUUGAUGAGGUCAUCAUGGGUGCACCUUGGGAAGUUACGAAGGAUAUGAUAACUACCUUCAACAUCUCCUUGGUUGUGCAUGGGACAGUUGCUGAGAGCUUUUGUUUGAUUGAGGAGGUUGAUCCAUAUGCAGCUCCAAAAGCCAUGGGAAUAUUCAGAUUGCUUGAAAGUCCUAAAGAUAUAACAACUACUUCAGUCGUCAAAAGGAUAAUUGCCAAUCAUGAAGUCUACGAGAAACGCAAUGCGAAGAAGACCGAACGUGAGAAGCAAUACUAUGCAGAGAAGAAAUAUGUGUCAGAAGUCUAAGCGAU